AUGGACGGAGUGAAGGAUCGGCUCAAAGACUUCUACGAAGAGAUGAACGCAAAGGCCAUCGAAAACACGCGACAAUACGUGGAGACUUCCAGCAAACAAACAAAACAACCGACGAUUCAAACCACUCGUCACUCAAUACAACGCGUCCUGUGGGAAAGUCGUGCGAUCGUCACAUACCUGGUCAACCGGUACCGACCCUCACAUGCCUUAUACCCGUCGGACCCCCGGACCAGAGCCACGAUCGACAGACUUCUUCAGUUUGAUUUGGGAUCUCUUUACCGAAGUAUUUCUGAUUAUGUGAGUCCUAAAUUCUUCGGCAAAGCCAUGGAUGGCCUCAAAGAACAGAAACUGAAGGAAACGCUCGACUUAUUCGACUCAAUGGUAGCCAAAGAGCGGUUCCUCUGCGGCGACGACCUGUCUUUGGCGGACAUCUCGAUCAUCGCCGGUCUGUCACUUCUGGAGGCCACGGACUACCCGUUGAGCCGUUGGAGGAAUGCUUGCAAAUGGAUGGACGGAGUGAAGGAUCGGCUCAAAGACUUCUACGAAGAGAUGAACGCAAAGGCCAUCGAAAACACGCGACAAUACGUGGAGACUUCCAGCAAACAAACAAAACAACCGACGAUUCAAACCACUCGUCACUCAAUACAACGCGUCCUGUGGGAAAGUCGUGCGAUCGUCACAUACCUGGUCAACCGGUACCGACCCUCACAUGCCUUAUACCCGUCGGACCCCCGGACCAGAGCCACGAUCGACAGACUUCUUCAGUUUGAUUUGGGAUCUCUUUACCGAAGUAUUUCUGAUUAUGUGAGUCCUAAAUUCUUCGGCAAAGCCAUGGAUGGCCUCAAAGAACAGAAACUGAAGGAAACGCUCGACUUAUUCGACUCAAUGGUAGCCAAAGAGCGGUUCCUCUGCGGCGACGACCUGUCUUUGGCGGACAUCUCGAUCAUCGCCGGUCUGUCACUUCUGGAGGCCACGGACUACCCGUUGAGCCGUUGGAGGAAUGCUUGCAAAUGGAUGGACGGAGUGAAGGAUCGGCUCAAAGACUUCUACGAAGAGAUGAACGCAAAGGCCAUCGAAAACACGCGACAAUACGUGGAGACUUCCAGCAAACAAACAAAACAACCGACGAUUCAAACCACUCGUCACUCAAUACAACGCGUCCUGUGGGAAAGUCGUGCGAUCGUCACAUACCUGGUCAACCGGUACCGACCCUCACAUGCCUUAUACCCGUCGGACCCCCGGACCAGAGCCACGAUCGACAGACUUCUUCAGUUUGAUUUGGGAUCUCUUUACCGAAGUAUUUCUGAUUAUGUGAGUCCUAAAUUCUUCGGCAAAGCCAUGGAUGGCCUCAAAGAACAGAAACUGAAGGAAACGCUCGACUUAUUCGACUCAAUGGUAGCCAAAGAGCGGUUCCUCUGCGGCGACGACCUGUCUUUGGCGGACAUCUCGAUCAUCGCCGGUCUGUCACUUCUGGAGGCCACGGACUACCCGUUGAGCCGUUGGAGGAAUGCUUGCAAAUGGAUGGACGGAGUGAAGGAUCGGCUCAAAGACUUCUACGAAGAGAUGAACGCAAAGGCCAUCGAAAACNCAUUUGCUCCGAUUUGGACACAUCUAUGCUCUUGA